UGUAGUGUGUGUGUGUGCGGAAACUGACAGGUAGAGAGCUGCCGUCUCCCGGUGAGUUGCAGGCAAUGCAACGAACAUAUUUAGUAAAUAUUCCGAUAUGAGCUUCAUACGAACAGCCAUAUUAAAUAUGUUUGCAUAAUUUAGCUCCAGAUUUGAGUUCAGAAGUGGACGUGGGCGAAGAGACCGCAGGAACAAACGGGAAAUCCAACUGUCAGCUGGCCGGGAAAACCGAUCACAUCACCCGGCUUCCGGGGAUUCAGGGGCCGCAUCGGUUGACGGCAGACGUCGGUCGGUAGCUCGGGGGAGUACGGGCGAACAUCCACAUCAUCGCCAGUAUCCACCUCUGAUUUUCAGCGAUUUUCAAGAUGUCAAGAAAGCUACAAAGGACAGAAGUCUGCGCCGACUGCAGUGCGCCAGACCCGGGCUGGACCAGUAUUAACCGAGGCGUCCUGAUCUGUGAUGAAUGCUGUUCAGUCCACCGCAGCUUAGGCCGCCAUAUCUCCAUAGUGAAGCACCUGAGGCACAGCGGAUGGCCUCCCGCACUACUGCAGAUGGUUCAGACCUUAGCCAGUAAUGGGGCCAACUCAAUAUGGGAACACAGUCUGCUGGACCCUGCUCAGGUACAGAGUGGUCGUAGGAAACCCAACCCCCAGGACAAAGUCCAUCCCACUAAGUCAGAGUUCAUCAGAGCCAAAUACCAGAUGCUUGCCUUUGUGCACAAGCUGCCCUGCCGCGAUGAUGAUGGCGUCACGACCAAGGACCUCAGUAAACAACUUCACUCAAGUGUGAGGACGGGGAGUUUAGAGACGUGUCUUCGGCUCCUGUCCCUCGGCGCUCAGGCCAACUUCUUCCACCCGGAGAAAGGCACUACCCCGCUCCAUGUGGCAGCCAAGGCAGGCCAGAUCCUGCAGGCGGAGCUGCUGGUGGUGUACGGGGCCGACCCCGGAGCACCGGACAUCAACGGACGCACACCUAUGGACUACGCAAGGCAGGCGGGCCAUAUAGAGCUAGCAGAGCGGCUGGUGGAGUGUCAGUACGAACUGACGGACAGACUAGCCUUCUACCUCUGUGGGCGGCGCCCAGAUCACAAGAAUGGCCAUUAUAUAAUUCCACAGAUGGCAGACAGAGCUCGUCCUAAGUGCCCGACACAGAGUUUGGACCUCUCAGAAUUGGCAAAGGCUGCCAAGAAGAAGCUCCAAGCGCUCAACAAUCGGCUGUUUGAGGAGCUAGCGAUGGACGUAUAUGACGAGGUGGAUCGCAGAGAAAAUGAUGCAGUGUGGCUCACGACCCAGAACCACAGCACUCUGGUAACAGAACGCAGCGCGGUGCCCUUUCUUCCUGUCAACCCUGAAUACUCUGCCACACGCAACCAGGGCCGUCAGAAGCUCGCCCGUUUCAACGCUCGGGAGUUUGCUACGCUCAUCAUCGACAUCCUGAGUGACGCCAAAAGGAGACAGCAGGGAAAAGGUCUCAGCAGCCCUACUGACACAUUGGAUCUGGGCAUUGAUGAUGACCAGCAUGACUACGACAGCGUAGCCUCUGAUGAAGACACCGACAGCGAGCUGACCGCCCAGAACAACAACAACACACAACGCAGCAACCGUGCAAAGAGCAUGGACUCCUCAGACCUGUCAGACGGGCCCAUCACUCUGCAGGAGUACCUGGAGGUGAAGAAGGCUCUGGCCUCCUCAGAAGCCAAGGUGCAGCAGCUGAUGAAGGUCAACAACAACCUGAGCGAGGAGCUGCGGCGGCUCCAGAAGGAGAUCACACGGAUGCAGACAGACAACAGUGCGCUGCGGGGGGGCCAGCAGGCUGGGGGGGCAGCUGGCCAUGGGGUAGGAGGGCCUGGCGGAGGAGAGGAGGAGGAGGGGGGGGGGGGAGGUGGCUAUUGGCAAGGGGGUGGUAUGAGAGGAGGUGUAGGGGGCCUGAGUGGGUUUGGGACAGGAGCAGAUCCUCCGGGGCUCACUGUGCCCUCCUCCGCUGCCCCCCACUCCCAUCCCCACCGAAGGGACCGCCAGGCCUACUCAAUGUACGAGCCAGGGGCGGCCCCCGGCCCCAUGGCCCAUGGCCCCCCAGUCCUGGACUCCCUGGCAGCCCGCCUGCAGCCACUCAACACAUACAGCGCACGGAAGGGCAGUACAGGGGGUACCGGGAUGUAUGGGGUCCAGCAUCUUUCUACAGAGAUGGGCAGAUACAUGGUCCCCAGAGGAGAGAAGCAUGGCAGCGGCACUGACAGCGACUAUGACAACACACACACAUACGACCUCUCGCUAAGUAUGGGCCGCAGCAGUGAGGACUCUGAGGAGGGAGGAGGGGGAGACGCAGUGGAGCCGGACCCCACCCUGCCCUGCACGGAGGAUGUCAUUAUGAAGACUGAGCAGGUGACCAAGAACAUCCAGGAGCUGCUCAGGGCUGCGCAGGAGUUCAAACACGACAGCUUUGUUCCAUGUUCCGAGAAGAUCCACUCUGCUGUCACUGAGAUGGCCUCACUCUUCCCUAGACGCCCUGCGUUGGAUGCGGUCCACAGCUCCCUCCGCCUGUUGGCUUCCAGUGCCUCGCGGUUGCAGGUGGAGUGCCGUAAGGCGGGGCCCUCAGAGCCCGGGGGCCCCGCGGUGGACUACCAGCUCCUCACUCAGCAGGUCAUCCAGUGCGCUUACGACAUCGCCAAGGCUGCCAAGCAACUGGUCACCAUCACCACCCGUGAGAAGAAACAGUGACCCGACAAAUGCAUGGAAAAAUGAAGAGGGAGAGAGGACGGGUCGAUGCAUGGGUGGGCUAUGGAGGACCAGGGAGGGGGAGCGAUCGGGAGAAUGAUAGCGAAGAAGAUGGAAGAGUGCUGAAUGUUUAGUAGAAACACUAAAGAGAAGUGGAGAAAGUAGGGAAGGAUCCAACCUGGGAGCUACAGCCUGCUGCAACCUGAGUAAACAGUUGACAUAAACCACUGUGAUGUGAAAUACAAUGGUGACGAUGUACAGAGAACUGGAUCCGGAGAUGUUACCGCUUUAUUUAUUCUCACCUGUCAGCCAUCACCCCUCCCUCUGAGUGAGGAAGUGCGAGAGACAGGAAGUAGACGCACCAACCACGACCUUCUACACACCAUCUCCUCCUCUCCGUCCUGCGGAGACGUACCUUCCUCUACCUCACUCUCCUACCAGACACACCCUCUGCCUCCUUCUUCAUCCAAGACAGGAUGUGAAGGACCCCUGGGACCCACCCAGCUCCACCCUACCCCACCCAGGCUCUCUCUGCUUCCUCCUGGGUUACAUUUUCAGGGGGCUCCAGUUUUUCUUCGCCGCCUGUUGUCGGUGGUACACAGCAUGACCUGGCAUGUUUUCAUUUCUUUCCUCUCUUCUUUUUCUUUAUUUCUUUUGAAUACGCAGAUGGGUUUGGUCUGCACCACUAAGGACAAAAAUAACUGACUUACACAAACAAAAACAAAACACUUACACUGGAAUAAUUGUGACUUAUUGUUGUUGAUUAUCUAUGCCUAUCGUUUCUUUUUGUAUUGAUAUUUUUACUGACUGUCAUUUUGAUUUAACUGUUUAUGUAUUUUAUUGUCUCAAAUAUGAUUCUCAUUUAGUGGGAUAGGGAGGCGGGCGGGAGUAUGUGCUCAGCUGGUCACAUGCUCACACACUUACACACGAAGAAGUAACCUGUGUCCUCGACAUUUGUCAAGCACUCAUUUUCUGGGAGACAGUUCGGGGAGAUUUGUUUUCGGUUUGGAUUUUCUGUCAGACCAAAAGCCCCUUGGUGCAUUACGUCAGGACCUGGAUCAAAACUCUUCUCGUGUAUCCUCAGUUUGGGCAUGACUUGUGUUCUAAUUCUCCUCAUUUAUCAGAGCCAGUGGAAUCAUCUCAUCCCAAAUUCACUUUCGAUGUGCCAAGCAGUAUAAUAAGUAUUGGGUGUGCUCCUGGGUGCCUGUAGCAGCCAUUGCUUGCAUGCAUGGCAAAUCAGUCACAUCAGUUGAUCCACAUAUUGGUGUGUUGCUUUAAGUAGUCCUGUGAAAAGCACCAUAUCUAGUUAACAUUUCAUUUGUCAUUUGAGAAUAUACGCUCACUUGCAAUGGAUUUAACCCCCUUAAAUAUGCAUGUUGUACUUUGCCUUGCAUUAUGCUUAUUUACACUUUCCUGCCUGGCAAGCCCAUUCAAGCUUACAUUCAGUUUUCCAUUGUAUCCUCUGUCGGGGCCUGCUGAUCCGGGCCACAGAAGUUGUCACUUUUUAUGUCUCUUAACUUUGCUAAUGGGACACAGCAUUGGGAACAAAAAUGUUUUUUCAUUUGUUUCGUUUUUUUUCAAAAAGUUAGCCUACUGUCGGACUGAAGCGUAUUGUAAUGUGCGAACACAUCUGGUCACAUCUGUAACAAAAGAUUCAGGCCCUCUUCUCGUUUGGAUUCAUCCUUCUCCAAUUACAUUGUCACCGGUUUCUCAAAGUGUUUGUGGCCUUAACUGUCAGUUGUUCUUGUGUUGGUAUAUUAUAUAAACAGGCUUCAGAAGGCCUCUGCACAUUACAUGUUCCUACCUGCAACAUUGACCUCAUCCUUCAAACAGUAGUUGCAUCUCAUAUUGUUUUUUUCUUGUAUUGCUGCCAAUUUAGCAAGAAGCAAUUAGACCUUAAUUAGCCCCUAACACUUUGAGAGACUGAUGCUAGACAACCUACAGCACUUCUCUGUCCACUUUAUCCAUGUUUCUCCCCCUCUUUUAAUUACUUGGCUGUCAGUGUUCCUCUCAGACAGUUGCACUCACGUCUCCUUAGGGGAGGAUGGGUUGUUUGUUCUGUUCCCUGUCAAAGCAAAUCAUGUCCAGAAGACUCGUGAAAUGUAUCAUCGUUUGAUAUUGAAUGCCUUGGGACAUUAUCAUCAUCUCCUGUUGAGUUACUGACAGCUGAAACAACACUAAUACUUCCACACACACACAAACGCACGCAAGGGGGUCAGCAAAAACGCUCGUCCCUUCAAUCAUGAUUGCCCAAGUUUUAGAUUAGAGCCUUAUAUAUGAACAUAUAUUUUCAUGCUAUAUUUUAUAUUAAGCUAUAUGUUAGGGUUAUGUCUGCGAGAUAUUUAUGUCUAUUUCUUUCCCCGAGUGGGCUUCAGGCUACGGGAUCUGUUCUCCACAUUUUCACUCAGCCCUUCAGUCCUCACAGAUAUACUUGUAGAUUUUUAAUUAUUGUGAGUAUGGUUACGCUGUGGUAUUACCCCCUUAUGUAGAUAUAUUGUACAUAUUAUGAUCCUACUAGAAUCCACAGGGAGAAGAGUUGAAUUUAGACGAUAUCUCAUUAUAUUGUACUAUUUUCAAACUCCAUCUGGGUGAAGUAGGAUCUGCACUAUGUACUGCACUCUCCCAGAGGUUUUAGGUCAAGUACAUUAGGUGCAGGAUGCAGGGUUUGAUUGAGGAUGGGAAACAGGAAAGGUCUGAAGCACACUUGGGCUUAGCACUACAGUCAUCUCAAAAUGUCGGGAGGAGGGUCUACAACGCACAUGGCCUAGUCCUUCCCGGAGAUAGUCCACACUACGUAGGGUGCCUCUAGUAUGAAUGUUAAAGGCUUCCGUCAGAUCAAGCCCAACAUGCUUUUAUACACCUUCAUCAUGUCAUUAAACACACACCCUCAACUUAUCAGUUGGACCAAGCCUUCUACAAAGUACUAACAUUAAAACUACAGUGAGUUGAACACACACACACACACACUUCUCAUACUCAAGCAUUGGCAGUGCACUAUGGGGUGUACUGUUCAUGUCCCUGUUUUUCUUUACAACUCUACGCUUUGGGAGAUGGGUGACGGGAGAGUUAUGUUUUAACAGAUGACGUACACAACUGUAUAAAGUAGAGAAAACAAUGACUUAAAAAGGUCAAUCGUAAUGGAAACUCAUAAGCUGUACAUUUGUAAUAAAAUAGUAAAACUAAGUGGA